UUUGUACAAAGAUUCUUUUGUGGGAGCAUUUGUCUUCACCGAGGAGACUGCUUUCCCUUUGGUGCGUUCUGUGCCCCCUUCAGCAACGAAGGGAGCCUCUGUUCUGCUUAAGCAUUUUUCUCCUUACUAUUUUCUCUCUUCGGGUAUCGGGAGGAACCCUAGCAACGAAGGAAGUUCGAUUGGCCGAUUCUUCCAUCUUGCACCGUUGCCAGAUUUGAUAGGUGAGCUUCAAGUAAUGGAGGAUUUGUUUCCAUCUCUUUGGUGCAUAUCUAUCUAUUGAAUUAUAUAGACAGUGAUCAAGAAAGAAAUAUUUGUGGUGCUGUAAUUUCGCUUGUGUUUACAAUGGAGAUGGACUGGGUUGAUUCGGGACUUGAGAAAAAUGAUGACAGUAGGGAUCCAAAUGGGUCUGCUAGGGGAGAUUACAGAGAUGAAGAACUGCUUGAUGGUUUUGAAGGAGAUGUCAGUGAGAAACCAAGGGAAUCAAGCAAGCACCGGAGCAAAGACAGAAAGAAGAGUCGAAAAGAAGAGAAGGAUCAUGGAAGUAGGGAUCGAGAACGGUCAAAGGCCAGUGAUGUUUCAAAGGAGAGGGACAAAGGGGUUAAGGAUUCAGAAAAAGAUCGGGUUUCAAGUAGAGAGAAAAGAAAGGAGGAUAGAGAGGACCGUGAGAAGGAUAGGCACAAGGAUAAGGCAAAAGAGGAAGAUUAUGACCUUGAUAAGUACAAAAACAAGGACCGUGAGAAGGAUAAAGAUAGGAAAGACAAAGGGAAAGAUAAAGACCGUGAAAGAGAGAGAGUGGGUGAGAAAGACCAUGAUCGAGGGCGAGAGAAGGAGAGGGGAAAGGAGAAGGCCAGGGAUAGGGAUAGGGAACGGGACAAGGAGCGGGAUAGGGCGAAGGACAAGGACAGAGAAAAGGAAAGGGAUAAACAUAAAGAUCGAGAGAGGGAAAGGGAAAGGGAAAGGGAAAGGGAAAGGGAAAGGGAAAGGGAAAAGGAAAAAGAACGCGAUAAGCAUGAUAGGGACAAGGUUAAAGACAAAAGUAAGGGGAAGGAAAGAGAGAAAGAAAGAGAGAAGGACCAAGACAAAGAGGGGUCUAAAGAUAAAGAAAGAGACAAAAUGGAUGGAAAAAUUCAUGAUGAAGGUCAAGGUAGGGGUAAAGAUGGUGGAAAAGACAAAAGACGUAAAACAGAGGGUGUGAAUGAUGGAGAUGUUACUGUGCAAGGGAAGGAAAUUGAGCAUGAAGAUAGUGAUAUCAGUGGCAUGGAGCAUAAUCAAAAGACUGAGUGGGCAUCAGGCCCAUCAAAAUCAGAGCUUGAAGAGCGGAUAUUGAAAAUGAAAGAAGAAAGAUUGAAGAAAAAGUCUGAAGGUGCUUCGGAAGUUUUAGCAUGGGUUAAUAAGAGCCGUAAGCUGGUGGAGAAAAGGAAUGUUGAAAAAGAGAAAGCCAUGCAUCUCUCCAAGGUUUUCGAAGAGCAGGACAAUAUUGAUGAAGGGGAAAGUGAUGAUGAUGAUGGUGCAGCUCGACACACUGCCAAGGAUCUAGCUGGAGUUAAAGUUCGUCACGGUCUUGAUAAAGUAAUUGAAGGUGGAGCCGUUGUUUUGACUCUUAAAGAUCAAAGCAUUCUCACCAAUGAUGAUAUCAACGAAGAGGCUGAUGUGCUCGAAAAUGUAGAGAUUGGAGAGCAAAAACGGAGAGAUGAGGCUUAUAAGGCUGCACAUAAAAAGACUGGGAUAUACGAGGACAAGUUCAGCAAUGAGGAUGGUUCCCAAAAGAAAAUGCUUCCACAGUACGAUGAUCCUGUUGAAGAUGAGUAUGUGACUUUGGAUGGAGGUGGACGCUUAAGUGCCGAAGCAGAGAAGAAGAUAGAAGAGCUACGCAAAAGGUUACAGGGAGUAUCUGCAAGCAAUCACUCUGAAGAUAUCAAUUCAUCUGGGAAAAUUUUAUCAGAUUACUAUACGCAUGAGGAAAUGCUCCAGUUUAAAAAGCCGAAGAAAAAGAAAUCCCUGAGGAAGAAGGAAAAGCUGGAUUUAGAUGCCCUAGAAGCUGAGGCUAUAACUGCUGGGUUGGGCAUGGGUGAUCUUGGCUCCAGGAAAGAUGGGAAGAGGAAAGCUGCCAAGGAGGAUCAAGAGAAAUCUGAGGCUGAAAUAAGGAAUAAUGCAUACCAAGCAGCUUAUGCUAAAGCAGAAGAGGCAUCUAAAGCACUCCGACAGGAGCAAACUCUAACUGUUAAAGUUGAGGAAGAUGAAAAUCCUGUUUUUGGUGAAGAUGAUGAGGAUCUCUACAAAUCUUUAGAAAAAGCAAGAAAGUUAGCUCUUAAAAAGCAAAAUCAAACAGCGGCAUCCGGUCCUCAAGGAGUUGCUCUUCUUGCUAGUACCGCCAACAAUCAAUCUAGUGAUGAUCAUAACUCUGCAUUUGAAGAACCACAAGAAAAUAAGGUUGUCUUCACAGAGAUGGAAGAGUUUGUGUGGGGUCUCCAGCUUGAUGAAGGUAAUAGUAGGUUUUCACAUUUUCAUUUGAAGUCAGUUGAAGCAUAAGGUGAACCGGUAGACCAAUAAAUGGGGUAUAUAUGGAGUAUAUAUGGAGAUGAAUGGAUUUUGCCUAAGAGAAAUCAUAAGCCAAAAGUUACCUCAUUGCUUAUUUAAAUACUUGUAAGAGUAGCAUUAGUGUAGCUGCUCCCUUUAAAGAAGCCCGAGGGUAUCACCUAAGAUGAAAGUUUCGUGAAUUAAAGAACA